AUGUACGAUCUGCCCGACGCCCUCAUCCUCCCCAUCGUCACCAAAAUCCACCCGCUCAACUACAUGCUUCUAGCCAACCUUGACAUUCCCAAAGCCAACCGCGCCCAGCUGCGUGGUUCCCGCACCAGCACCCUCAUCGUUCCGGUAAUCAGCACCGUAGGCUUGGUGCAUCUAUGCAGCUGCGCCAUCUCCUUCCAGCAGACGAGCAGACACACCGACCUGGCGCUGGCAGCCCAUCACCCUUCGCAACUAGAUCGCCACGGUAUCCGAAUUUAUCACACUGAACACUACCGAGACAGCAACAGCACGCGAACGCUGAAAGUAACCCUGCGCAGCAUUCCUCCUCUCCGCUUAUGUUUUUCUGUGUGGCUGGAGCAGGCUGUUGCGGCGGCAGCGGAGCCGAGUACUGCAUGGACUGUGGCGGUGCAGCUCCAGCCGGAUAACCCGAGGCCGGGGGGUAAUAAGUGUUGUUGGGCGGACCGGGCGGUGGCGGUGCCGAAGGCGGUGCGCUGUAUUCAGGGUGGCUCGGAGGCGGCCCGGGCUGUAUUAGGAUGUUAUGGUCAAUUCAAGCACUUGUAG